AUGGGGUCGCCGCGGGGGGCCCCCCCCCAACGCCAGUACCCUGGGGGCCCCCCCCGAGGCGGUGAUACAGCAGCAUACUACAGCAGCUUUCGCAGCAGCAGCAGCAGCAGCAACAACAACAGCAACAGGCAGCAGCGGUUUGCUUCUGCAGCAGCAGCAGCAGCAGCAGCAACAGCAGCAGCAACAGCAGCAGAAGAUGAAAGAUGGAGUCAGCGAUGGGGCCCAACACCAACGAUGGCUGUAUUUACCUCUAGCAGCAGCAGCAGCAGCAGCAGCAGCAGCAGCAGCAGCAGCAGCAGCAUAAGCAGCACAUCUGUGUCUGCUCAUAAGGCGCUGCAGAUGCUGCAGUUUGUUGCAGCAGCAAAAAUACAAAUUGCUGUUAGGGGGGAGGUGCAGCAGCUGCAUUCUGCUGCUGACGUGCUGCUGCACGGGGCUCAGCUGUAUCAGGAGCUUCUAGACUUUCAUCUGCUGCAGCAGCAAAUACAACAGCAGCAGCAGCAGCAGCAGCAGCAGCAGCAGGGGCAGGGGAAAGGGGGGCUGCAGAAGGAGGAAGAGCAGCAGCAGCAGCUGCUGCAGCAGCAGCAGCAGCAGCAAGAGCAACCUGUGCUGCUGCUGCCCUCCGCUUCAGGCCAUAGCUUUCUAUCUAGAGAUGCAGCAGCAGCAGCAACAGCAACAGCAGCAGCAGCAGCAGCAGCAGCAGCAAGACCAGCUAGCGAGAGAGGAAGCUCUCCAGCUGUAUGGAGGGCAACGUCUCCCCUAGGGUAUGAAAGGCGCAGCAGCACGCAGCAGCAGUUUGCUGCUGGUGAUACAACAGCAGCAGCAGCAGCAGCAGCAGCAGCAGAUACAUAUAAUCAUUUUGCUGCUGCAGCACCAGGACUGCUGCAGCACGAAGCGCAGCACUUCCGCAGCAACAGCAGCAGAAACAACUACUACAGCAGCAGCAGCAGCAGCAGCAGAAGCAGAGGACUGCAGCAGCUAUACGAACAGCCUUCUUGGGCCUCCUCGCAGCAAAGAGAUACUGCAGCAGCAGCAGCAGCAGCAGCAGCAGCAGCAGCAGGAGCAGGAGACGGAUCCCCUGCUGAGCUGCUGCUGCCACCACCAACCCCACAAUUCUCUGCUGCUUCUGCUGCACCCAGGGUGUAUGAAGCAGACAUACCAUCUGCUGCUUCUUCUGCUGCUGCUGCUGCUUCUUCUGUUGCUGCUGCUGCUUCUUCUGCUGCUGCUGCUCCGUCCUCUGCUGCUGCUGCUCCUUCCUCUGCUGCUGCUGUUGCAGACACAGACAGAGCAGACAGCCAGCAGUGGCAGUUGGAGCCCAGCAGCACUUACACAGACAUUGCAUACAUUCAGCAGCAGCAGCAGCAGCAGCAGCAGCAGCAGCAGCAGCAGCAGCAGCAGUAUGUGCAGCAGGAUAUUCACCAGCAGCAGCUGGUGCAGCAAAGAAGACAGCAGCACCUGCAACAGCAGCAGAUGCUGAGGCGACAAGAACUGCAGCAGCAGUUGCAGCAGCAGUUGUACUUGCAGCACCAGCAGCAGCAGCAGCAGCAGCAGCAGCAGCAGCAGCAGCAGCAGCAGCAGCAGCAACAGCAGCAGCAGCAGCAGCAACUGCAGCAGCAGCGGAGAGGGGCUGGCUCGCUGCUGCACAGCAGCACACAGAGCGGCAGCUCCAAUUACUUCGCCUUGCCUACUGCUGCUGCUCUCUUCAGCACAGCAGCAGCAGCAGCAGCAGCAGAAACAGAAACAGCAGCAAGAGAUGCAGCAGAUACUUUCUCUCCCAAUAGUAAUCAUCAUACAACUCCUGCUGCUGCUGCUGCUGCUGCUGCUGCUGCUGCUGCUGCUGCUGCUGGGGGUACAGAAGACUAUGCUUCUGCUGCUCCUUUUGCUGCAGCAGGGCAGCAAGGGGGCCCCCCGCCCCUCUACCGCCGCAGCAGCAGCAGCAGAGACACCCCAAACCACACAACCCGAAGCAACAGCAGCAGCAGCAGCAGCAGCAGCAGCAGCAGCAGCUCCCGUCUAUUCACCUUCAACCCAGAAAGAAUAGAAAACUCGGGCUUAAUACCCAUCGCAUCAGGGGGCCCCCAUAAACCCCCAGGGCACCAGGGGCCCCCAGGGGGCCCCCAAAGGUCUUAUGGGGGCCCCCUAGGGUCCUCAGGGGGCCCCCUAGGGUCCUCAGGGGGCCCCCUAGGGUCCUCAGGGGGCCCCCUAGGGUCCUCAGGGGGCCCCCGGGGGCCCUCGGGGGCCCCCCAGGGGGCCCCUGGGGGGCCCCCAGGGUCCUCUGUGGGUACACAGGGGUCCUUCGGGGGCUCUUCCGGGGGGCCCCCUGGGGGGCCCCCAGGCAGUAACUCUUUGUGGGUGUAUGGGCCGUCUGAGCAGCAAACGGGGGGCAGGGGGCCCCCAAGGGCCCCCCAUGGGGGCCCCCCUGGGGGGCCCCAUGGGGGGCCCCCUGGGGGGCCCCCAGGCAGUAACUCUUUGUGGGUGUAUGGGCCGUCUGAGCAGCAAACAACCGAAGGGGUGCAGCAGGAGAGCAGCUCGUUUUCUGCUGUAGAUAGACAGCUGGAAGAAGAAGAGUUUUUGGCGCAGCAGCAGCAGCAGCAGCAGCAGCAGCAGCAGCAGCAGCAGCAGCAGAAGCAGCAGCAGCAGCAGGUGUUGUAUGGAGUUGCAGCUGAUGUGCAGCAGAGCCCCAGCAGCAGCCUCUUUGCUGCUUCGAGGCCCCACUUUGCUGCUGUGUCUUCUCGCUUGCUGCGGAGGAGACGGAGACACCGCAGCGGCUGCAGCAGCAGCAGCAGCAGCAGCAGCAGCAGCAGCAAGUGCAGCAGCAGCAACUGCUGGGAUCAGAUCUCUGCAGCAGACAGCUCCUGCUGCAUGCCCCCAGAAUCUCUUCGAGAUGAAACAGCAGCAGCAGCAGCACCAGCAGCAGCAGCAACAGCAGCAGCAGCACCAGCAGCAGCAGCAGCAGCAGGAGACAAGGCACUGCCUGCAGCAGCAGCAGCAGCAGCAGCAAAUUGCGGCAAUGAUGAGCAGCAGGAGAGUAGUGAAAGGGGCAAAAUGUUUGUAUCUGAGUCAUUCCAAUGUCGUGCGGGGCCCCAAAGGAGACUCACUGUCGCCUCCCCCCCCUGGUAUGCCGAAGCAAAUAGCAGCAGCAGCAACAGAGACUGCAGCACAGCCUCAGGAGAUACGCUGCAGCAGCAGCUGCAGCAGCAGCAGCAGCAGCAGCAGCAGCAGCAGCGGCUGCAGCGAGAGCGGGAACGGGAGUGGGAGUGGGAGCGAGAGGGAGAGACGUUUCAGCUGCAGCAGCAGCAGCAGCAUCUGCUGCAGCAGCAGCAGCAGCAGCAGCAGCAGCAGCAACCCAGAGUAUAUAACGAGAGGAUUGUUUGUGUGGAUAUUGCUGUUGCUAUUGCUGCUGCUGCUGCUGUUGCAGUUGCUGUUUCUCCCAGCUAG